AGGGGGAUCCGUGGACGCGGCCGGCCCGGGAUGGCGCUGGCGCGGCCACAGUGGGGGACGAGGCAGGGCACACGGCGCUCCCCGGGGUCGGCCUCCCUCCCAGCGCACGGGCGGUCGGAGGAACUGGAGCCCCCACCCUGGACACGGUCCCGCGGGCGAAGGCUUCUCCCCGAGCGCGCCCUUCCUCCAGGGGUCCCGGGUGGGUUUCUCCCCGUCGCCCUGGUCCGGCCUCCCUGCCCCCCGCCGGCCGAGGCCGCUGUCCCACGCGCUGGGUCCCGUUGGCGCCGGGGCCUCCUCGGGCGGCCUGGCUGCGGCCUCCGGGUGGAGGCGCCUCGGUGGCCACCGCGUCCCCGGGGGGGGCCUCGCGGACGGGGGCGCAGGGCUGCGGGGAGGAGGCGGGCGGGCCCCUCGGGCGGCACUGCGGGGCGGGCCCCUCGGGCGACACUGCGGGGCGGGCCCCUCGGGCGACACUGCGGGGCGGGCGGCGCGAAGCCCGGACUCAGCGGUUUCCUGGGCAACCGGCCUCCUCCGGCGCGGCCCGCGCGGCUCCAGGUGGCGGGAGGCGGCGGUUGGCGGGAAGGGCCGCGCGGGCCCGGGGGCGGCGCCUCAGGUCCUGGAAGCACCGCAAGCAGACGACCUGCUUCUCACUGGGCUCAGGCAGGGUCACCCGCCCAGUGCCGCUUGCUGCAAAUUGCUUUACAUACAGUGACCCAAACAGCAAGUAAUUUCAGGGCCCCACCACUCUGAUUGGAAGUCAUAAGCUUGACAACUGAUUGGCCUCUGUCACCCAAGCGGGUGUGGGGACACUAGGCCCGCAGGUGCCACUGGAAGCGGCGUUCAGAAGCACUGCGGUGCUCCAGCUCCUGGAUGCAGGCCUGAGGCCUGAGAUGUCCAGGAAGAAAGACCCAGAAAUGAGGGAUGGUGUGGGUGGGAUUCCUGAGCGUUCUGCUAGGCCUGCUGAGCACUUCUUGGCCUUUUCCAUAAGGCUUUCUCACUCUAUCUUACAGAUAUCUCCCCACAAACCUAAACAAUUUCGAGAGGGACUUGUGUUCUGCAACCAGUCACAGAAUAUCAGGUGAGCUGGGCGUGUCUUCACUGACCCACCCGCCCAGGGAUGCUGCACUCCUCUCCACCCUGCUCAGAAUCACUAGAAUGACCGUUCUGGGGCUACAGCCCUAAAAGAGCUACUAAAAAGACCAGAAGUAGUAUGAGAACUUAUGAAUACAAAUAUAAAUAAAGGACAUCUGGAGAACAUG